UUCCUGCUGAUCGCAACCGGCACAACGAGUUUGUGGAUAAAGAGAGUGCGUGCGGGAGAAGUGUGACGACGAAGAAAAAGGGCUAAACGGAAACCGAAGAAGCUGGAAGGAGGUUUUAAAACCGAAAAAGAAAAUGGUCGAAAGUAUUUGAGUGUAUUUUCCGUCGGCGAUAAUACAUCCCCCAAGAAACAAGUGAUUUUGCAUUUACAUCGUGCGUGUGGCGGGUUCUAUUGGUUUUUUCCUUCCCCCCCGUCCCGCCUUUCUGCGAGCCGAGGGAAAACAAAUCACGCGGAAAACAGGGAAGAAGAAGCAAAAUCGGCCCGCGGAUCUAAUUUAUCGUUUUGCCGGCGCUUGUGUGUUUUUUUGAUUUGCAUUCGGAGCCCGCACUUCGACCGGAUUUGUGUGGAAUGAGAAAUGAACACCGGAAAGAAUGAAACAUAAAUCUCGAGGAAAACCGUGGCACAACACAACCAACCCGCGCCAGCUGUGAUUCGCAAUAGUAAGACGGAAAGAGGGAAGAAAAAUCGAUGUUAAUCCCGAGAGUGGGGAAAUCCUCCGCGUCUGAUACACCGCCGUGUUGUUGUGUCAUCAGAUGUUUUGACAUUUCGUUGCGCGAACCGAAGUGUGUUCCCAGUGUGAUCGAUCGUUGUUUAUCUCGGGCAUGUCAGCUGGUGUCCGAUUGAUCGAUCCGAAAGCGCGUCGUGAAGAAGAACACCGCUGAGUCGUCGAUGCAAAUAUCGCGUCUUCUUUGAUCGAGGAAUAACCUUGGAUUAAGUGAACAAACAAACCACUGUGGUGUAUUAGUAAGUCGGCCAUAGUAAGAGCAGGCUGGGUGAUAUAAGAAACGUUUUGUGAGGGAGAUAUACAGAAGAACCAAGUGUUUUCCCAGCUGGUGGGAAAUGCUAGCAAGAUGAAGAGCCGCAUCCAUCAUCACAGUAGCAGUAGCUGGAGCGGCAAAAGUGGUUGCCAUAGUAGCGAGAUGGUGACGACGACGACGCCAUCCGGGUGUAGUGACGACAGUGCGCGAAGCGUGCGAUGUAGAAACACAGAGGCAAAUCGUCGGUGGCGACGAACGACGUCAGCGACGACGAGCCGGCAGAAGCCGUCCUCGAGAAAAGCCAGCGUGCGGGAGUGGGAGCUGGAAAAUGACACCGGCAGCAGCAACACACUGACGACGAAGCGGCGCCGGUACAGAAAUCUGAACGCGCGGCUAAAGUGUUGCCUGCCGGGAGUCGGCAGCAGCUCGGCGCUCACGAUCGCGCUCGUGAUCGCACUGCAGCUGCUCGCCCUGCAACCUACCGUGCUGCACUGUGCCAAAACGUUCUACAUGCACUGGAACACGACGAACAGCAUCUUCCGGAUCGACAACACCGACCACAUCAUCGACGUGAACAAGGGCAACUCGCAGUUCGAGUACGAUCAGGUGCAUAUCAUCUGCCCGGUGUACGAGCCGGGCACGUUCGACAACGAGACGGAGAAGUACAUCAUCUACAACGUGUCGAAGGUGGAGUACGAGACGUGCCGCAUCACCAACCACGACCCGCGCAUCAUCGCCAUCUGCGACAAGCCGAACAAGCUGAUGUUCUUCACCAUCACGUUCCGCCCGUUCACGCCGCAGCCGGGCGGCCUCGAGUUCCUACCGGGCAACGACUACUACUUCAUCUCGACCUCGUCCAAGGACGACCUGCACCGGCGGAUAGGUGGCCGCUGCACCACCGACAACAUGAAGGUCGUCUUCAAGGUGUGCUGCGCCGACGACCAGAACCCGAACCAGCACCAGCACCACGGCGGCGGCCACCUGCCCUCCAACGGCACCGUCAUCGGAGGCGGCGACGGUGGCAACGGCGCGGGGGGUGUGUCCAUCAACACCAGCAACAACACCAUCUCGAUCGACGCGUUCGAUCCGAACUCGCGGCUGCUGCCGCCCGCCAUCAACACCAGCCAGGGCAACAUCGUGCAGAACACGGUCAACUGGCCGGUGUGGAACGAUGGUCAGGGCCACCAGCAGCCGCCCCACCUGCCCCCGCACGUCCGUCCACCCCCGGCCACGCCGGCGAUCGGGGCGAACGGGCGGCACAACCACCACUACACCGCCUCGCCGCCGAGGACGUCCAUCAACAGUGGCACCGGGAACGGUAACAUUAAUAAUCAUAACUACAACAUAAACAGUCCACCGUCCAGCGUGCAUCCGGGCCAGAGCGGCGGCGGCGGCAGCAACCAGAAGCCGACCAAGAAGACCAAGGAGUACGACAAGCAGCACCCGAACGAGGUGGUGAAGAACGAGGAGCUGACGUACAACAAUCAGGGCGGAACCCUGAGGCCCGGAGCGUUGCCGGUGACGCUGGCGGUGGCGGCAGUGUUGGUGGCACUAGCGGGGAGCUCCUCCCCCUGGCGGCGGUGGUGGAGCUGAGGGAUGACGAGGCGGUCGAUGCACGCAGGCGAUGCACCAACACCACCACCAACACCUUCGUCACCAUUGCUGCCGUCACCGUCGGCACCUUCCUGGAGGUCGUCGUCGUCGUCCUUUGAAGGGGCCGGAAGUCGCCAGCAUCAUCAUCCCCGAGCCCUGUGGCCGUCGUUGUAGUGUUGUCUCCAGAGUCCCCUUCCCGAAUUCCCGCCCGUUUGAUGAACUCCACGGAAGGAUGCUGAUGUCCCGAGAAGGAGUUCGACGAGUCCCCGCCAGAAUCGUUGGUGUUUGUAAUUAAGGAGUCGAUUAAUUUAAUUUAAUUAUACCCAAAACCACCACCCCCCACGUUUUCCUCUCCCACCUCGUCGUCUCACUCCGUGUGGCGCUUGAGCCAGGAUGUCCUUAUAGUCAAAAAAAAAAAGGGGUGAAACGGAUUUCGGCGGAGCGAACACACACACAAAGGCCAAUCGCGGGGCAGCCGAGGGGUCAAUUCGCUGCGAUUGGUGGUCGAUUUCUCGCGUACACGAGGGGAUGAUUGCAAUUUUCCAACAUCGGAGCUGGAAAAUCCUUGAAAAACUCUCCGUCGCUCGCCCCCUUCCCGUUCGGUUUUCGGGGAGAGGGUGGGAAUUAGUCACACAAACAGAACACAAAAAUUAGGGAGAGAUUUUUUUUCUGCUGCUAACGGUAGACAAACACAACACAUUGAUCGUGGAAGCAGGAAGGGGAUGCAUUUUUUAGAAGUAUAGACGAAACCGUCACGCGUACUCUCGAUGUUGUAUGUAUGUACGUUAUACAUAGAAAAAAAGCGUGACCGGAAGACGACCCCGGUGUAUUCUGAUAGUAGGUUAAACUGAAAGUGAAAAACGCUGGGAGAAACGAUCGCUCGAUCGAUCGAUUGCCUUUUUCCCUCCCAACCUUCACUGCCCCCCACACACGCGCCCCUCCCCCCAAACGUAGUCCUGUAGUAGAUGCGAGUGAUAUUAAUUUAAAACAAACUAAACGAAACAAGUAAUAAAUUGGUAGGCAUUGUGUUUUAAGAAGAGGAUAAAAAAUAGGGGAAAAGAAUAAAGAAAAAGCUUCGAAAAUCGACCAUGUUAAAAAAAAAAAAUUACCAAAAGUAGACUUUUCCAUUCGGUCCCAAGAAAAUCAAAAAACAAAACAAGAAAGAGAGAUACAAACCAUGAC